AUGUACGAAGAAAAAAAGCCCUGCACACUGAAUCAAGUCUCCGGCGUCGGAUGGCAUCAAGACCAGUAUCAGGUUGCACACGCCAUGAAUUUCGGACAUAAAGGACGCAUUAACGACUCGCCAUGGAGACUGCCUUAUGCUCUGCACCUUCAACGCCAGGACAGUCUCCACCAACGCCGAACUCCACCCCCUUCUCGAAAUGCACGGCGCAUCAGCUAUCACGUGAUCGCCUUCCGGGAAACGAAAUCAAGCUUCCCGUCAAAAGAUGGAAUCGAUCACGAAGAGAUUCCACACCAAUCUCUUUUGCUCGUCAACACUCAUGUCAAACCUCGUUAUUCCCAGUGGAGAAAUGCCACCACGGAUUCUACUGCUGAAGUACGCGCCGCAAUCCAGACCAUGAAGGCAGCCACGGCUCCAGGACCGGACCUCGUUUCGGUCGAUCUCUUACGAGCUGGAGAACAUCGCCCACACAAGAUCUUUGCGGGACAUCUAACGUGUUACCUUCAAAAGGAGAGGACAAGUGGAGAUCUUCUCAAACAAUCCUUCUUCAUAAGGGCAAUGGGUAAGAUCUUCAGAACUACCGUCCAAUAUGGCUGCUAA